GGAGAGGUCUGCUGUCUACAGUGGCCAUCUGUCUGCCAGGUGGACAGUCGAGCACUCACUUUGCUGUAAAUGGAGACAAGGCUCGAGUUGGAUGUUUUGAUAUACCCAGAUGAAGUAAGGAUCGCUACUCCGGAGGAUCUCAGGGACUGGGAGCUGGAAACUGCGAGCCAGGUGUCCAUACCCACCGUCCGGCUCUUUGUUGCACUUUACCCGUACAACCCGGCUGCCAUGUCUCCAAACCACGAGACAGCUGCAGAAGAGCUGCCCUUUGUGCCAGGCCAGAUCAUCAAGGUUACUGGAGACAAAGACGCAGAUGGGUUUUAUCAUGGUGAGUCUGGCGGGCUUUCUGGCUAUGUGCCGAGUAAUAUGGUGGCUGAGAUCCCAGUGGAUGAUGAGUAUCUGAAGCAUCUACUCAUGCAGCAGGGAUUCCUCCCCGUGGACCACACAGGCAUGUCUCUAACACCAGACCUGAGCGAUGUCACCAGUAUCCCUGACAGUGGGGCUGUUAGACGAAUGGUAGCCUUAUUUGACUAUGAUCCAUGGGAAAACUCACCCAACAUGGACAGUGAAGCUGAACUCGGCUUUCGUUCGGGAGAUAUCAUAUAUGUUUUAGGUGACAUGGAUCAAGAUGGGUUUUACUAUGGAGAUCUUCACGGACAACGAGGUUUGGUUCCAUCAAACUUUCUGCAGCUGUUUCCCUGGGAUUAGAAGAAAAUGCACGCUAAGCUGUUUGCUACAAAUGCCAAGUCACAGACGCAGUGAGAAACCAGAAGUUUCUAUGUAAAAUAUGGCUAAAAGGACACUUCAUAUAUCAAAAAAUAGUUUAUUUUAUUUUUAUAUUCUACUAACUGCAUCCGUUUUAGACUGAAAGUAAGCAGCUAAUGAACCCCUCUGUCAGUAUCAAUAAGAAUGCUCAAAACUAAAAAGAGUUCAGACCUUUGUUUAAAUGUUUCUUUAUUGAAAUAACAGAUACUUACAAACCCUUUGAUGCAAAAAACCCCCCCAAAAAAACCAAAAAAAAAACCAUGAACAACAAAAAAACAGAAUAUUUACAAUAAUGCAUAUUUUGAAAAUUACAGGUAAGAUACUAAAUGUUUUGUCUGGCAAUUUUUGCUUUAGGCGCUUUCACAAAAACACAAGAACUGAAUUGCUAAAUAAAUUACCUGAUGGGAAUGGAUAAAUUAUUUUAGCCUUAAUAAUACACAAUUUACAGAUUUCUUUCUCCCCAGUGUUUUGAUAUAGCAUUUCCAUUUUUUGCCUUAUGCCCUGUGUAUAUAUUUUCUAUCACUGGCUUAUUUCAUAUAAGUUAUUUAAAAAGAAAAAAAAACAUUUUGAAUUUUGCAGCAAUUUUUUGUAAAAAUAAAGAGACUCUUGUUAUAACUGAAAAAAAGUUUUAAUCAUGUAACAAAUGUAAGAGCUGUAGUUAAACUGAAAAUAAACUGUCCUAAUUCUUA